CAGCAGGAGAGAAUGGAUCUUGCGAUUCAGUAUCCCUGGUUCAGACGUCCUCUGGCUUCUUUCUAUCCAAGUCGCCUCUUUGAUCAGUUUUUUGGAGAAAGUCCUUUUGACUAUGACCUAUUUCCUAUCUUCUCUUCCACCAUCAGUCCCUACUACAGGCUGCCAGUAUUUCGGAACUUUCUGGACUCAGGCAUAUCCGAGGUGCGUUCUGAGAAGGACAGAUUUAUGAUUAACCUGAAUGUCAAACAUUUCUUACCUGAGGAGCUGACUGUGAAGCUUGUUGAUGACUUUGUGGAGAUUCACGGCAAGCACAUAGAGCGUCAGGAAGACCAAGGUCGUGUUUCCCGUGAAUUUUGCCGCAUUUACCGUCUUCCUGGUAACCUGGACCAGAUGGCUAUUUCCUGCUCACUGUCUGCCGAUGGCUUAUUAACAUUGUGCUGCCCCAAGAUCAGAACAGGUGAGGAUUCCAACCAGCAAGAUCGACCCAUCCCGGUGACCCGAGACGAGAAGUUUGGUAACCAACCUGAGAUCAAAGCAGAUCCAUGAGCAACAGAGAGAGAGCGAGAUGCUCACCUUGGUACCGAAACCUGGGUUAAAACCUGUGGUGCUCUGAAGGUGGAGGUACCAAUGAAAUUGUCAGCCGUCACACUAGAUGCAAAUGUCCAUGUCAUCUUUUUCAGACCUGGCUACAACUUCCUUUUGUGUAGUUUCUUUCAUUGUACUGACAGUAGGCACAGAGCUGACAA